AUGUCGCUCAACAACACGCCUCUGCCAUUCAACAAGAAUGGCAAGCUGACAGUGCAGCUCGUGCACUCUGCGAGGCUCAAGAUCCCCACUCGCGUCUAUGAUGCCGUCGAGCAAGAGAUAGCCGAGCAUAAGCAAGCCUGGGUGGAGCAGCAUCUGGUCUACAUUGCGUAUCCUCCUUCCCAAAGCCUCCGGGUCCUCAAGCUCGAGGGCGAAAGCAGGGAGGAUGUAGCCAAAGCCAAGGACACGCUGGAGGCCAUCAUUGGUGGCGAAGUUCUGAUGAGAGACGGCGAGGCCGUAUGGUCGCCCUCCUUCGCUGCCAACGGUCCCGCCUUUGAAAAGAUGAGGCAGCUUGAGCGGGAACUUGGCAUUCUCAUCGUCCGCGACAAACGCAGGUCUCGUAUCCGACUUUUGGGUCCGCGACGGCAACGUCAAGAGGCGCAGCAGGCUCUCACCGAGCUUUCCAAAGCCGACUCAUCAUCAACGCAUGUCAUUGAACUCGAUGCGAAGCAACACUCCCGCGCGGUCAAGGGUGGGUAUCAAGCCAUCGUCGCGGCCAUCGGGAAGGACAAGGUCAGCGUGGACAUCACCACCAGACGUAUUUCUGUGAUGGGAUCUGAACUGGAUCACCGUGCUGCGCGAGAAAUCCUCCGAGGCAAAGAUCUGGAAUCAUGGGCGAAGCAAGAAGGCGGUUCAAUCGCUGAGUGCGCUAUCUGCUGGACGGAAGCCGAAAACCCGGUACAAACGUCCUGCAAACACGUCUACUGUGCCGGCUGCUUCGAGAAUCUCUGCCUUGCUGGCGUCGACCCCGGCCCCAGUAUCCAGUGCCAAGGCGAUGUCGGGAAUUGCAGAAAGGUGGUUCUGAAGAGCGAGCUUCAGGCGCAUCUCCCAUCCGCAGCCCUGGAAGACGUCCUCGAGGCCGCUUUCGCAACCCACCUGGCCCGAAAUCUCAACCAUCUGAAGAACUGUCCCACCCCGGACUGCCCCCAGAUAUACCGCACGGCGAAGCCGUCGGAACACCAAGGCGACGCAAGCGGCACUGGCGAAAGCCCGUUGAUCACAUGUCCUUCAUGCCUCAAGGUCGUAUGCACGGCGUGCAACGCCUCGCACGACGGUCAGACUUGUGCUGAGCACCGCGAUCUCAUUUCCGGCGGCUACGAGGCACUGGAGGCUUCCAAAGACGAAAAUGGCAUAAAGAACUGUCCCGGAUGUGGGAUUAUGAUACAAAAGACGUUCGGCUGCAAUCAUAUGACUUGCCCCAACUGCCAAACCCAUCUUUGCUGGGUGUGCUUGGAGACUUUUUCUGAGGGCCUGCUUGUGUACGCCCACAUGAGGCGGGAGCAUGGCGGGAUCGGCGUCGCAGAGUUCCCGCAUUUGGCUUAA